UAUCUGAUUCCCUUUUCAGGUUCUCUAGGAAAGCCAUUAUCCGUGAAACCUCUAUACCUAGAGGCUUGGGAGGGGUCUUGUGUGUACAUUUCAUGCAGCAUCGGAGAGGUGUAUGAGCAACGAUCUGUGGAUCCCCUUUCCCUUGUCUGGUAUUUUGAGCCUGCCUAUGAAGAUGCCCUGAAAGACUACAAAGGAGAGCUCUUAUACAAAAGCAACAGUAACCAGAUUGCAGAUUCAGUCAGUCCUGCGUUUAGUAAUCGAGUGGCAUUUGUGGGGGAUUUAAAGGACAGAAACUGCAGUUUGAAAAUUUCCCAUCUCCGCCAAAACGAUACCGGCAUGUAUGGAAUCAGACUUUAUUGGAAAAGAGGAGAGUUGCAUAGUGAGGGACAAUGGUUGGAAAAAGUCUCUAUUAAAGUUCACAAAUCCCCUUCAGAACUAAUAGAAAUUGUGUCCCCAGAAAUGGAAGAAAACAAGUUGUAUAAAUUGGCCUGCUGGGUACCUUAUUACUGCUUUUAUGAGCCCAUAAUAUUGACUAUCCAAGGAUUAGGAGAUCGUCCGUUGUCUCAAAAAAGGACCAAUGAAAACCAAAAAGUACGCACUGAGCUGUCUUUACAGCCCACUUGGAAGGACCAUGGGAAACAAUUGACAUGUUUGCUAAAAACCCACAAUGGGAGAGAAAUAAAGAAAAAUUUUACAAAACUGGAGGUGAAAUAUGCUCCCAAAGGAGUUAGACUGAAUGCUGAUCUUGGAGACACAGUCAAAGAGGGAGACAACCUCUCUCUGGAAUGUAUAGUUAACAGCAGUAAUCCAAACGUGCAUUAUUAUGAGUGGCUUAAGGAUGGUUACGUACAGAGGAAUUCGCAGGGUGUCUCCAGAACUGAGAUCAGUGGUUUAAACGAAAUGGACUCUGGCAAUUACGCAUGCAGAGCUUCUAAUUGGAUUGGACGAACCGUCUCUGAAAACCUGAUGAUCAACGUCCAGUAUCCACCAAAGGUCAACAUCCUAACUUUACCAUCGUUCAUCAAAGAAAAGGACAAUGUGGUUUUGAGGUGUUCAGCCACUGGCAACCCUCCCAUCACUGGUUAUGAAUGGUACAGAAGCAGCAUGCCUGGUAUUAUCAACACCGAGAAGGAACUGCAAUUUGAGGCAAUUCGACCCAGUAAUUCUGAUACCUAUCUUUGCGUGGCCCGUAAUGAGAUUGGCAACUCAAGCUCAUCUGUCACACUGAAAGUUCAUUAUUGCCCAAAGGACGUCCAACUUUUUCAUUUAAAUCAUUUGCCCAUAAAGGAAGGAGACAAAGUCAUCCUGAAGUGCUCUGUGGGCAGUAGUGUCCCCAGCCACAACUGGUACAACUUUUUAAGGUCAGAUGCCUACAUACAAAAAGGACAUCCCUCCUCAGAACUGGGUUUCGUCGCAGAGCCUACACCAAUCACUUCUUAUGGAUGUGAAGCAUGUAAUAUUAUUGGCUGCACUUUCUCUCCACCAAUCACUUUGGAUGUCCUCUAUGGCCCCAAAGAUGUCAAACUCAAUCAAGAACCACUGGGGCGGAUCAUCGAAGGUAGCUCUCUUCGCCUGUCUUGUACAGUGAAAAUGGCAAACCCCCAGAAAGUCAGCUAUACCUGGUACAAAAAUGGGCAACUGCUGCCACUGAACUCUACAGAAAACAUGAUAUUCUUCCAGAAUGCCCAUUCAACGAAUUCUGGCAUCUACCAUUGUACAGCAAAAAACACCAUAUCUAUCGCAGAUUCCCCAGCUGUUAGGCUGGAUGUGUAUUAUGGGCCCCGUAAUGUCCAUCUAACUCUAGAUAACCAGCAAGCUGUUACUGAGGGAAUGGAUGUCUUUCUGAGAUGUGACAAUGAUGCCUAUCCGUCAGCUGUUUUUUACAAGUGGUACUGGAAAGGGCAAGAGAUCUUUAAAGAGUCUUCAAAAAUCUUAGCACUCCACAAAAUUAAGGUUGAGCAAUCAGGAGAAUAUCUUUGCAAAGCAUACAACAGUGUCUCUGAUACAGAAUCGCAACUCAUGACCAUCAGUGUAUCCUGUGAGUAUUUCCCUUAUAAGUACAUGGACACAAAACUUGUGGGAAAUCAGAUCCAGGUCCUGCUAAUCUUUGUUAUUCUUCAUUUGUAUCAUGCAGACAGCGGAGCUACAGUGAUGAAACAUACCUUGAUUGGCCUUGGCGUUUUUCUUCCCCUUGUUUUCUUGACAGGGUUGCUGCAUUAUGGCUGGAAGAAAUGGAAGAAAACAAUGCGUUCAGACAUUGGCAGUACACAGAGAUCGAACUCAUUUUUUGUGAGGAAGGCUAAGCGAGAGGUGUUGUCUAGUAACAACUGCAGACUAAAUGAAGGUAGAACAGACAGACCUGUGGCCUUCCAUAAUGAGGAGCAAGAAGACACCAUUUCAUAUGCAAGACUCCAGUUCCCCCCCACUGGGUCCAAAGAGCGUACUGUUUAUUUCAGUGUCAUGCAGCCAAACUUGGCACCAGGUUCCUCAGAUGACAGAGUGGUCUACAGUGUAUUAAAGAAACCUGCACUCCCCCCCAAGAAUGACUCCAAGGUGGAUUAUGAGAAUGUGGUGAACAAAGAAGAAGAGGAACUGCACUACUCUUCCUUGGUGAAUCUGGCGCCACAGACCCGUCCCAUCAACGUAGACUCAGAAACAGAUUCUGAAUCACAAGACAGUAUCCAGUAUGCAGCUCUGAAGCACUGAUUUACUUAGGACAACAGAGAUCAGGACUCUUCCUGUUCCGCAACUGGGGAGUGGGAAUGGAUUAGAGUUGGGUCUAUCUACAGCUUUCAUUUUACAGCCAAGAAUAGCAGAGCUCUGAGGGUAAAAGAGGAAAGAUAAAUCAGGAUAAGGAGCCAAUAAAGCCAGGAUUUAUGCUUAUAUUAUGUGUCCAAGUCAACAACUGGAGGUACAGUGUAUGGCUGGUAUAAUGGUCAGCUUUCAACAUGUAAACCUAAUUCGCUGAUGGGUGAGAUAUUCUUUUCUUCUUGACUAAUAUAGCUUGCUGUUCUCUUUCUGAUAUUCAAUCCACUCCUUAGGGAUACUGGAAACGAUUGCAGAGCAGAUCAUGUAGUUAGGUUCUUUCAAUUCUGGCUAGUAGCUCCUUUCCAGACCAGACAUCUUCCAGAUUAGAGAUCCAUAAUUUGCUACCUAGCCCAUCAAGUUGUCAUGCACUGUGUCUUCUGCCAGGGUACAGAUACUUCUACCUUACUGGUUCCCAGCCAUGCAGGAUCUAUUACCAACCAGUUCUCCAGAAUAAAGUAAGCAAUUAUCCAAGAUACAUUUUUCCUUCUAUGCUUUUCAGAGUAUAGUUGGGUUUGCUUGGCCAGGUCAGUUAAAUUCCUAGUACCUGCAUUUGAAUAACAAUCUCAGUUUGCUUAGUUUAGCCUCGUUUUUUUGUGUUUCUGUGCACACAUGUGGCUUAAUGUGAUGGGUAAAACUGAGCCCAUUUGGUUAGUGUAUUGUUCAAUUUCUGCAAGCCCAGUUAGUUCAGUAGCUAACUGGUUGAGUGAACCCAUCAUGUGUAGUGAUGAUUUCUCCCACCUUUAACUUAUGCACAGGGACAUAGGAAGCACUAUAAUCCAAGUGAAACAAUCAACCUUUCCAUUUCAGUACCUUCUAAAAACUAGAUUAAUUUUUCAAGAUUUCAGACAGAAUUUUUUUUUCUAAUCUGAGAUGACAUGAAUUGAAACUGAGAUCUCUGGCAAGCAAUAUAUCUCUUCCACCAAUGAGUGACAACAUGUUUCUAUGGUCAUUCCACAUGGGUAGUGAGAUCACUCCAAGAGAAGAAAGAUGUAUAACCAGGAUCAGGAUCAGUAUAGGUUAUAAACAAUGGGCUCACAUUGAUGGACUUGGCAGUGCAGGAGACAGAAGGAGUACCAGCACACAGCUAUCCUGUGGUUCUGUCCUGGCUAUUGCACUAUUUUGUCCAAUAAUCGCCAAUAAAAUGAUCAGAUG